UUUUCAGGUCAUCAUGGAGGGUCUAGAGCAGAUUCUUGGGAAUAUACCUGAACCAAUGGACACAAGCGAUAUUCCUACUCCCGCAGCAACACCUGCACAGUUGUUAGAAGAAAAGGCACGAAAAUGGAAGCAGUUACAAUCAAAGCGAUACGCAGAGAAAAGAAAGUUUGGAGUUGUAGAUGCACAGAAGGAGGAGAUGCCUCCAGAGCAUGUCCGAAAGAUCAUUCGAGAUCAUGGAGAUAUGACAUCUCGAAAAUUCCGACAUGACAAGCGUGUAUACCUUGGAGCACUAAAAUAUAUGCCUCAUGCUGUUUUGAAACUGCUUGAGAAUAUGCCCAUGCCUUGGGAGCAAAUCAGAGAUGUUAAGGUGUUAUAUCACAUAACUGGAGCAAUCACAUUUGUGAAUGAGACUCCCAGAGUCAUCGAACCGGUGUAUCUGGCCCAAUGGGGCACAAUGUGGAUUAUGAUGAGGCGAGAAAAACGUGAUCGUCGCCAUUUCAAGCGAAUGCGAUUCCCACCCUUUGAUGAUGAAGAGCCACCGCUAGAUUAUGCUGAUAAUAUCCUCGAUGUAGAACCUCUAGAACCUAUCCAGAUGGACUUAGAUGCUGAAGAAGAUGCUACAGUAAUAGAGUGGUUCUAUGACCACAAACCAUUGGCCUCAACUAGGUUCGUGAACGGGCCGACCUACAGACGAUGGGCGUUCAGUAUCCCCAUUAUGGCGACCCUAUAUCGUUUGGCAAACCAGCUUCUUACCGAUUUGACGGAUGAUAAUUACUAUUAUUUAUUUGACUUGAAGUCAUUCUUCACAGCUAAAGCUUUGAAUGUGGCAAUUCCUGGAGGGCCGAAGUUUGAGCCGCUUAUCAAGGAUAUUAAUCUUGAUGAGGACUGGAAUGAGUUCAAUGACAUCAACAAAGUCAUUAUCCGAGCUCCUAUUCGAACUGAGUACCGUAUUGCAUUCCCGUACAUGUACAACAAUCUAGUAAAUGCGUUGCCGGUGCAGGUCUCAUGGUAUCAUACCCCGUCUGUAGUGUUUAUCAAGACCGAGGACCCAGAUCUGCCAGCUUUCUACUUCGAUCCGCUGAUCAAUCCGAUCGCGAUAAGUGGACUUGAAAAGACCGUGGAAAAUCUCCCCGAUGAUGAGGAAAUGGAAGAAUUUGAACUUCCUGAAGACAUUGCUCCAAUCUUCGAGGAGGUCCCAUUGUACACUGACAAUACCGGUAAUGGAAUUGCUUUACUGUGGGCUCCGCGACCAUUUAACAUCCGAUCCGGAAGAACACGAAGAACCAUUGAUGUACCGUUGGUGAAGAGUUGGUACAGAGAGCAUUGUCCAGCUGGUAUGCCUGUGAAAGUCCGUGUGUCGUACCAGAAGCUGCUCAAAGUGUUUGUGCUGAAUGCUUUGAAGCAUCGUCCACCGAAACCACAAAAGAGAAGGUAUCUGUUCCGCUCAUUCAAAUCGACCAAGUUCUUCCAAACCACCACCCUUGACUGGGUGGAAGCCGGCUUGCAGGUGCUUCGCCAAGGUUACAACAUGUUAAACCUCUUGAUCCAUCGUAAGAAUUUGAACUACCUCCAUCUGGAUUACAACUUCAACUUGAAGCCCGUGAAAACCCUUACAACCAAAGAGCGUAAGAAAUCUCGUUUCGGUAACGCGUUCCAUUUGUGUCGUGAGAUCUUGAGACUCACCAAGUUGGUUGUCGACGCACAUGUGCAAUACAGGCUCAACAAUGUUGAUGCUUAUCAGCUAGCAGAUGGUCUGCAGUACAUUUUUGCGCAUGUUGGCCAGCUUACGGGAAUGUACCGUUACAAGUAUAAGCUGAUGAGACAGGUACGUAUGUGCAAAGACCUGAAGCAUAUCAUCUACUAUCGCUUCAACACUGGAGCAGUUGGAAAAGGACCCGGUUGCGGUUUCUGGGCUCCUGGUUGGAGAGUGUGGUUGUUCUUCCUUAGAGGAAUUACACCACUGCUGGAAAGAUGGCUUGGAAAUUUGCUGUCUCGACAGUUCGAGGGUCGUCACUCAAAGGGUGUAGCUAAGACAGUCACCAAGCAAAGAGUCGAGUCUCACUUCGAUCUUGAGCUGAGAGCCGCUGUCAUGCACGAUAUCCUCGAUAUGAUGCCAGAGGGAAUCAAGCAGAACAAAGCUCGAGUUAUUCUGCAGCACCUUAGUGAGGCCUGGAGAUGCUGGAAAGCCAACAUUCCAUGGAAAGUCCCAGGAUUGCCCACGCCUGUGGAAAAUAUGAUCCUUCGUUACGUCAAAGCUAAGGCAGACUGGUGGACUAAUUCUGCUCACUACAAUAGAGAACGUGUGCGACGUGGAGCCACUGUGGACAAAACUGUUUGUAAGAAGAAUCUUGGGCGACUGACCAGGUUAUACCUAAAGGCUGAGCAAGAACGUCAGCAUAACUACCUGAAGGACGGUCCUUACAUCUCCGCCGAAGAAGCCGUUGCUAUUUACACCACAACAGUCCACUGGCUUGAGUCUAGGAGAUUCUCUCCGAUUCCAUUCCCACCUCUUUCAUACAAACAUGACACAAAAUUGUUGAUCUUGGCUCUUGAAAGGCUGAAAGAAGCGUACAGUGUAAAGAAUCGACUCAACCAGUCGCAAAGAGAAGAGCUGGCUUUGAUUGAGCAAGCUUACGAUAACCCACACGAGGCAUUGUCACGUAUCAAACGACACAUGUUGACCCAAAGGGCUUUCAAGGAAGUUGGUAUCGAGUUCAUGGAUCUAUACACCCAUCUGAUACCAGUGUACGAUAUCGAGCCACUUGAGAAAGUGACCGAUGCCUACCUUGACCAAUACCUUUGGUACGAAGCUGACAAAAGAAGGCUGUUCCCGUCGUGGGUCAAGCCUGGUGACACUGAGCCACCUCCACUUCUUGUCUACAAAUGGUGCCAGGGUAUUAACAACUUGCAAGAUGUUUGGGAAACUGGAGAGGGAGAAUGUAACGUGAUGAUGGAGGCUAAAUUGGAGAAAGUAGCUGAAAAGAUGGAUUUGACACUGCUGAACAGAUUGCUGAGGCUGAUCGUGGAUCACAACAUUGCUGAUUACAUGUCGUCAAAGAACAACGUUCUUAUAAACUACAAAGAUAUGAACCACACGAACUCUUUUGGAAUCAUCAGAGGACUUCAAUUUGCUUCAUUCAUUGUACAGUACUACGGUUUGGUGCUCGACCUCCUUAUUCUCGGUCUGCGACGAGCAUCUGAGAUUGCUGGCCCGCCACAGUGUCCAAAUGAGUUUUUAACGUUCCAGGAUAUUGCUACGGAAACAGCGCAUCCCAUCCGUCUAUACUGCAGAUAUAUUGACAGGGUGUGGAUCAUGUUCAGGUUUUCUGCUGACGAAGCACGGGACCUGAUCCAGCGAUACCUUACUGAGCAUCCUGAUCCAAACAACGAGAACAUCGUCGGCUACAAUAACAAGAAAUGCUGGCCUAGAGAUGCUAGAAUGCGUCUGAUGAAGCACGAUGUAAAUCUGGGACGAGCUGUGUUCUGGGACAUCAAGAAUCGUCUGCCUCGAUCAGUGACCACCAUCGAAUGGGAGUAUGCAUUCGUAUCCGUUUACAGUAAAGAUAACCCAAAUCUUCUGUUUGAUAUGGCUGGCUUCGAGUGCAGGAUCUUGCCGAAGUGUCGUACUACGGCUGAGGAGAUUACCCACCGAGAUGGAGUGUGGAAUCUGCAGAAUGAGGUUACCAAAGAACGUACUGCCCAGUGUUUCUUGAAAGUCGAUGAAGAAUCCAUGUCCAAGUUCCAUAACAGAAUCCGACAGAUUCUUAUGUCCUCUGGUUCAACGACUUUCACAAAGAUCGUCAACAAAUGGAACACAGCUCUGAUUGGUCUUAUGACUUACUAUCGAGAAGCUGUGGUCAACACUCAGGAACUAUUAGACUUGUUGGUGAAAUGUGAGAACAAAAUCCAAACUCGUAUCAAGAUUGGAUUGAACUCCAAAAUGCCUGCGAGAUUCCCGCCAGUCGUAUUCUAUACGCCCAAGGAAAUUGGUGGAUUGGGUAUGCUUUCCAUGGGACAUGUGCUUAUUCCGCAAAGUGAUCUGCGAUGGAUGCAACAAACGGAUGCGGGAGGCAUCACCCACUUCCGUUCCGGAAUGACCCAUGACGAAGACCAGCUGAUUCCGAACUUGUACAGAUACAUCCAGCCUUGGGAAGCUGAGUUCAUUGAUUCUCAGCGUGUGUGGGCCGAAUAUGCAUUGAAGCGACAAGAAGCUAAUGCACAGAAUCGUCGUCUUACCUUGGAAGAUCUUGAUGAUUCUUGGGAUAGAGGAAUCCCUCGUAUCAACACGCUAUUCCAAAAGGAUCGCCAUACACUGGCUUACGAUAAGGGAUGGCGUGUACGAACCGAGUUCAAAGCUUACCAGAUCCUGAAGCAAAAUCCAUUUUGGUGGACCCAUCAGCGUCACGAUGGAAAACUCUGGAAUCUCAAUAAUUACCGUACUGACAUGAUUCAAGCUUUGGGAGGAGUCGAAGGAAUCUUGGAACACACUUUGUUCCGAGGAACGUACUUCCCAACCUGGGAAGGUCUUUUCUGGGAAAGAGCAUCUGGAUUCGAAGAGUCCAUGAAGUUCAAGAAGCUGACCAAUGCACAGCGAUCCGGUUUGAAUCAAAUUCCAAACCGUCGAUUCACUUUGUGGUGGUCACCAACCAUCAACAGAGCAAAUGUAUACGUCGGUUUCCAAGUACAACUCGAUCUGACUGGCAUUUUCAUGCACGGUAAAAUUCCAACCCUGAAAAUCUCAUUGAUCCAAAUCUUCCGUGCUCACUUGUGGCAGAAGAUCCACGAGUCUGUGGUUAUGGACUUGUGUCAAGUCUUUGAUCAAGAGCUUGAUGCGCUGGAGAUCCAAACUGUGCAAAAGGAGACUAUCCAUCCCAGGAAAUCGUACAAGAUGAACAGUUCCUGUGCUGAUAUUCAACUGUUCGCGCAGUACAAGUGGAAUGUGUCGAGACCGUCGCUGAUGGCUGAUAGCAAGGAUGUGAUGGACAGCACGACAACGCAGAAAUACUGGAUUGAUGUACAGCUUCGAUGGGGAGAUUAUGAUUCCCACGACAUCGAGCGAUAUGCUAGGGCAAAGUUCUUGGAUUACACCACCGACAAUAUGUCCAUUUAUCCAUCUCCAACUGGUCUUUUGAUUGCUAUGGAUUUGGCAUAUAACCUAUACAGUGCCUAUGGUAACUGGUUCCCUGGAAUGAAACCGCUGAUUCGCCAGGCUAUGGCAAAGAUCAUCAAAGCCAACCCAGCUUUCUAUGUGCUUCGAGAACGUAUCCGCAAAGGUUUGCAGCUGUACAGUUCUGAACCCACUGAGCCGUAUCUUACCAGUCAGAACUAUGGAGAGUUGUUCUCUAACCAGAUCAUUUGGUUCGUUGAUGACACGAAUGUGUAUCGUGUUACCAUUCACAAGACCUUCGAGGGUAACCUGACCACCAAGCCUAUCAAUGGUGCCAUCUUCAUAUUCAACCCUAGGACAGGACAGCUGUUCUUGAAGAUCAUUCACACUUCUGUGUGGGCUGGACAGAAACGUCUCAGUCAGUUAGCCAAAUGGAAAACUGCUGAAGAAGUUGCUGCCCUUAUUCGAUCUCUGCCUGUUGAAGAACAGCCCAGGCAAAUCAUUGUAACAAGAAAGGCUAUGCUUGAUCCUUUGGAGGUGCAUCUUCUUGACUUCCCCAACAUCGUCAUUAAAGGUUCUGAGCUGAUGCUUCCGUUCCAAGCUAUCAUGAAGGUCGAAAAGUUUGGAGACUUGAUUCUCAAGGCAACUGAACCGCAAAUGGUGCUGUUCAACCUGUACGAUGAUUGGUUGAAGACGAUAUCCAGUUAUACUGCGUUCUCUCGAGUCAUAUUGAUAAUGCGAGGUAUGCAUAUCAAUCCGGAUAAAACAAAGGUUAUCCUGAAGCCUGACAAGACCACAGUCACAGAACCGCACCAUAUCUGGCCAUCGUUGAUAGAUGAGGAAUGGAUCAAGGUUGAAUUGGCCCUCAAAGAUAUGAUCUUGGCCGACUACGGCAAAAAGAAUAACGUAAACGUGGCUUCACUUACCCAAUCCGAAGUGAGGGACAUCAUCCUGGGUAUGGAAAUCAGUGCUCCUAGCCAGCAACGGCAACAAAUUGCUGAUAUCGAAAAGCAGACCAAGGAGCAGAGUCAAGUGACUGCCACUACGACUCGAACUGUAAACAAACAUGGUGACGAAAUCAUCACUGCUACCACGUCUAACUACGAGGCAGCAACAUUUGCUAGUAGGACUGAAUGGAGGAUCAGAGCUAUUUCUGCCACCAAUUUACAUCUGAGAACUCAACACAUCUAUGUCAGCUCUGAUGAUGUGAAAGAUACUGGUUUCACUUAUAUUCUGCCCAAGAACGUCCUAAAGAAAUUCAUUACUAUCUCCGAUUUGAGAACACAAAUUGGUGGAUUCAUGUACGGUAUCUCUCCUGCGGAUAAUCCGCAAGUGAAAGAGAUUAGAUGUGUGGUUUUGGUCCCUCAAACAGGAAACCAUCAGCAGGUUCAAUUCCCAACGCAUCUGCCGCAGCAUGAGUUGCUAAAGGAUUUGGAACCACUGGGAUGGAUGCAUACGCAACCAAACGAAUUGCCACAGUUGUCCCCUCAAGACGUCACGGCACAUGCAAAAAUUCUUUCCGAGAAUGCUAGCUGGGAUGGAGAGAAGACGGUGAUCAUCACGUGCAGUUUUACUCCUGGAUCUGUCUCCUUGACGGCAUACAAGCUGACACCGUCCGGCUAUGAAUGGGGUAAAUCGAACACAGACCGUGGAAAUAAUCCAAAGGGAUACAUGCCGACUCAUUACGAAAAAGUGCAGAUGUUGUUGUCUGAUAGGUUCCUUGGUUACUUCAUGGUCCCUAGCUCGGGAGUGUGGAACUUCAACUUCCAAGGACAACGUUGGUCACAAUCCAUGAAAUAUGAUGUGUGCUUGGCGAACCCGAAGGAGUACUACCACGAAGACCAUCGACCUGUGCAUUUCCAUAAUUUCAAGGCAUUCGACGAUCCUUUGGGCAUUGCGAUGGCUGACAGAGAAGAUAGUUUCUCAUAAAGAGCGAUACCGCUAUAAAGGCUCUUAUUGUACACUGUUUAUAAGUAUAUUUGGUGACAUUGUUUCCGUGCAAGUUGUUCGUUUAAUAUGAUCCUCGCACCCUUAUUCGCUAUUCUGGCGCUGGAUAGUGAAUGUUACUGGUGUAAUUCAUCCGCAGAACCCUCCAGACACACAAACGUUGUUGAUCAUGUUGAUACUCCAGUUUAUACCUAUUCUUUUCUUUUUCUUCUGUUGUUUUCUAAAUUUAUCGUGUUGAAAUUCGUUCAAGUUUUCGUGUAUAUUAGUAAGGGUAAGGUCAAAGCAAAGUGUAUUUGUCUGUUGUCUGCUAUUGUGAAGUGUUUUAUGACAAUUAGAUUGUAGGAAUUGUUUUGUUGCAUUGUGAAAGAGUAAAAAGUAUUGUGAAAAGAGUUACAAUG